AUGAACACCACUCAGUGUGACUCUUCAGCGACCAUGUACCACCUGACGACAGACUGCCAACUGAACGCCAGCUGCAACUUCUCCUCGCCCUCUUCCAACUGGACGGUGGGGGAUGAUGGCCUGCAGCUGCCCACCUUCACCACAGCAGCCAAAGUCAGAGUGAUUAUUACCUGCAUUCUCUGUGGCAUCUCUGCCUUUUGCAACCUGGCAGUGCUGUGGGCGGCGCACAGCGAUGGGAAACGCAAAUCCCACGUCAGGGUGCUGAUAAUCAACCUGACGGUGGCUGAUCUGCUGGUGACCUUCAUCGUGAUGCCUGUGGACGCCGUGUGGAACAUCACAGUCCAGUGGCUUGCGGGGGACUUUGCCUGCAGACUACUGAUGUUUCUUAAGCUGCAGGCGAUGUACUCCUGCGCCUUUGUCACAGUGGUGAUCAGUCUGGAUAGACAGUCAGCCAUUCUUAACCCUCUGGCCAUCAGUAAAGCCAGGAAGAGGAACAGAGUCAUGCUGACUGUGGCGUGGGGCAUGAGUGUUGUGCUGUCAGUCCCUCAGCUGUUCCUUUUUCACAAUGUGACCAUCAUCCAUCCCGAGGACUUCACUCAGUGUACCACGCGUGGAAGUUUCAUCACUCACUGGCAUGAAACGGCCUACAACAUGUUCACAUUUUCUUGCCUGUUCCUGCUGCCGCUGGUCAUCAUGAUCACCUGCUACACCAGGAUCUUCUGUGAGAUUUCCAAACGACUGAACAAGGACAACUUGCCCUCCAAUGAAGUGCAUUUAAGGUGUUCGAAGAAUAACAUCCCCAGAGCCCGGAUGAAAACUCUAAAAAUGAGUAUUGUGAUCGUCUCGUCUUUCAUCAUCUGCUGGACUCCGUACUACCUACUGGGCCUGUGGUACUGGUUCUUCCCUGAUGACCUGGAGGGGAAGGUCUCCCACUCACUGACCCACAUGCUGUUCGUCUUUGGGCUCUUCAACGCCUGCCUGGACCCGGUCAUCUAUGGCCUGUUCACCAUUCACUUCAGAAAGGGGCUCCGGAGGUUUUGCUGCGAUUCCACCACCACGCAGCCUGACCUGGAGAAUAACACGGUUUUAACUGGGUCUUUCAUUUGUGCUGCCAACUCUUUGCCACUGAAAAGAGAGGUCAGCCCAGCGAGCCAGGAGAGGUUUAUGUUGUGCAUCUAUGACCACAGCAGAGAUGAGUCAAUGUCACCAAGAAGCAGCUUUUUAACAGCAGACAAUGAUGCAGAGAGAGAUCCAAAUCAGUCCAGCCCAGAGAGCUUCAUAUGACAAAUGUACUGCUGUUUUAUUUAUUUAUUCUGAUUUUUUCAGUGUCUAAUGUGUGGGGUCCUGUAUUCCUUGAAUACUAUGCGUCAGUUUGAUUUACUACACAAAUUGUAACAUGAUUCUGGAUAAACCACAAAGGACAAAAAUCAAAACUGCCAUUGGAUGGAACUUUAUCUUUCCUUUAAUGGGGAAAGCUUGACAAAAUGAUUACAUAAAUCACAGCACACUAACCUACAGUAACAAGCUUCUGUUAAAAAUGAAUGUUUAGUGCUCUGUACAGUGUAACUUGUGGUCAUCUUGAAAUAAAUGUAUUUUCUGGGAAU